AUUUUUAGUAAUACCAGGCUUUUUCAAUUAAGGUAAUUCCACUCCUUUAGAAUUAUACGUUCAAUCUUAUAUUUGAUUAUUGAUUCUUCAAAUAGUAUAUCUUAGUAACCAAUGAAAAUGAUAAAAUAAAUAUGUUGCAGUAUUAAUAAAAAAUUUAUCAAUUAGCAUAUGUAUAUCGGUAUCAAUAUCAAUAUCAGAAAAUUGCAAUUUUCCUUAAACAGCAUUAUCAAAAUUUCACAAAAACUGGUUGAAAUGAUAUAAUAGUAUUCAUAACAAUUUCAUGAAACUGUUUCUUUAAAAAAUAAUAUACAAAUGUUUGUGAAAAAUAAAAUAAAUCUAUCACAUAAUGGACUUGAUAAGUAAUUUAAUGAAAACAGAGUUAUUGCCCUUGGAUUCAAUAUUUUGAAACAUAUAAUUGAUUAUUCAAAGUUUUAUAUGCUUAUAUAUAAGAAAAUCUUCUCCAGAAGCACAGGGCCAAUCAAACUUGGAAGAAAUCAUCCUCGGGUGAAGGGGAUUUAAGUUUGGUGAAAUGAAGGGCCAUGUUCCCUUCAAAGAGGAGAUAAAAACAAAAAUGCAAAAUUAGGGUGGGGCCAUUUAAAAAUCUUCUUCUCAAGAACCACUGGACCAGAAAAGCUAAAAUUUACAUGAAAGCUUCCUGACAAAGUGGAGAUUCAAAUUGUUAAAAUUAUGACCCCUGGGGGUAGGGUGGGUCCACAAUAGGGGAUCAAAUUUUACAUGCGAAUAUAUAGGGAAAAUCUUUAAAAAUCUUCUCAAGAACCAUAUGAGUAUAUUCAAAUAUGUUCAGAUCAUGGCCCCCGAGGGUAGGGUGGGGCCACAUAAGGGGGUCAAAUGCUCGAUCUCUCGAAGUGAAAUUUGGAUCCUGUAAAAGAUAUUUCAUUGUUUUUCACUCUUGAUCUCUCAAAGUGGUGGUAGCGUAUACGUAAAGGAUAUGACUUGGACCUUACCUGCAUAACAGUGAAUGCCUGGGUCUAACUCGGAUGUAAGGUGAAACUUUGUUUAAUUUAACCCUCCACCUACGCUUUGUUUUGGAGAUAUAAUUCCACUACUAAUAGAUAAGAUUUAUGAUUCAUUUGGACUUGACGAUGAGACUAAUUUUAAGAAUAUAAUCUAGAGACAUACCAAGGAAACAAUGCUUUGUGUAAAACAAAUAAAUACAUAAAUUCUUUAAAAAAAAAGAUUUUUCUUUAUGCAAGGUAAAGUUGUGUGUUGAAAUCAUGUCUAUUACCUGAAAAUAUGAAGGACAAAGUGGCAAAACAAUGCCAUGCAUUACGGUUACUGUAAAAUCUGUACCAUAGUAGUCAGACCUUUAAUUCCUGAUUUGACUUGACUCUCGAAUUCUCGAUCACUUAAAGUUUUCUUAAUAUACAGUAUUAUGAGUAUGAUAGUAACAUGUCCAUGAGCCACAGCAUUCACUUGAGUUGUCUUACUUUAACAUAGAAAGGAAUCUCUUGAAGUCUCAGAAUAUGUGAGAACAAGCUUGAAUUUAUACUAAGAUGUGACUACAUGAGGAAUAGGAUAUUUUAGUAUGAGUUUGACACAUUCAUAUAGCCUAAGACAAAGAAAAUUAAAUCUCGAAAAGUUCACAUGGUCAACAUCAAGUGGAUAGUACCUGAUGAGUAAUGAUGUUCGAGUGUGUAUACCAACAUUGUGAUAAAGCAUGAUAGAUAACACAGCAGUGAGACUUGUUGCAGAUUAUAAAAUCAAUCUAAGAGGACUAGACUAUGAUUGUCCAGAGUAUGAGAAACUCAAAUCAGAGAUUCAUUUGAGGUCAGCUUUGCGUUUGAGAGAUAUGUGCUGCACAAAUGGAGGAGCUUUCAUUAAAGUUGGACAGCAUGUUGGGUCACUAGAAUAUCUUCUGCCAAAAGAAUAUGUGAACACUAUGAAGGUUUUACAUGACAAAGCCCCACAGUCUGAUGUUGAGGAGCUGAAGAGAGUCUUUGAGGAAGAUUUGAAAAUGAAGGUGGAGGAUGUUUUUGAAAGUUUUGAGAAGGAACCACUGGGAGCAGCAUCUUUGGCCCAAGUACACAAAGCAACUCUUAAAGAUGGAACAGAGGUUGCUGUCAAAAUUCAGCAUCCUCAGGUCAAAGGUCAUUCUUAUGUAGACAUUAAAACCAUGGAGCUCCUGGUUCAUUGCAUCGCCUGGAUUUUCCCAGGUUUUCAGUAUCUGUGGUUGGCUGAGGAAACUAAGCGAAAUCUUCCACUAGAACUUGACUUCCUCCAUGAAGGACAAAACUGUGAGAGAGUGGAGAGACUUUUCAAACAUUUUCGCUUUUUGAAAGUUCCUAAAAUUCAUUGGGAGUUGUCAUCAGAGAGAGUAUUGACCAUGGAAUUCUGUGAGGGAGGAAAGGUUGACAACAAAGCUUAUAUGAAAGAACAUGGAAUAAAUGUCAAUGAGGUCACAAAGAACUUAGGAAAGCUGUACAGUGAGAUGAUAUUUGUCCAGGGAUAUGUUCACUGUGAUCCCCAUCCUGGAAACGUUUUGGUGAACAAAACAGAAGAUGGAACACAGAUUGUUCUACUUGACCAUGGAUUGUAUCAGUCACUUACAGAUACAUUUCGAGUGAACUACAGUCAACUGUGGAUGUCCUUAAUCAAUACUGACCUUGAAGGCAUUAAAAAGUAUGCAGGAGAACUGAACUGUGGUGAUAUGCAUGGGUUGUUUGCCUGCAUGGUAACAGCUCGCUCCUGGAAUGCCAUCACCAGUGGAAUAGACAAGUCACAGAUCACACAGUCGGAGAGUAAUGAAAUAAAGAACAAUGCCGCCACAUACCUCAUAGAAAUAUCAGAAAUACUCAACAAGAUUCCCAGAGAGAUGCUUCUGAUAUUAAAGACCAAUGAUGUCUUACGUGGGAUUGAGUAUGCCUUAAACAUUCAACCAAAUGCCACAUCUUUCCUGAAUAUGUCUCGGUGUUGUGUUAGAGCCAUGGGAGAAGAUCGAUAUCGACAAUGUCAUUCCUGGACCAGUCGCAUGGGAGUUCAAUUUUCAACCUCGUGGCAACUGUUCAAAAUUAGCAUUUAUGAAUUUUUUCUGUGGCUACAAUCAGCUUAUUCAUGGUUGUUGAUUAAUGAAUUACCAAGUUGAUAACUUAAUAUUAGCAGGUCAUUUUAGCUCACCAGAGUAAGCUUUUCUGUAUUUGUCCAUCUGCUCUACAACUUCUAUAAACUUUUCAUCCAUUUUUGACCUCCUCCCCAAUUUCAACGAAACUUUAAUUUAAAGCAUCCUUGUAGGAGAGGUGAUCAUGCAAAUACAUGUACAACACUUUAACAAUAAGGUUAUGACCCUUUACAAAAGGAAAGAAAAGAACAUUGGGAUGAAGACAUUUUAACUCAUUGUGUUCACCAGAAACACUGGUCCAGGAAUUAUAAAUAAAGGGACAUGCAUCACCAUAUCUCCUACAUUCAGGUUUGUUUCAAAUUGUGGACAAGUCAGUGUAGAACCAUAAUACAGUCCAGUUUUACACACCAAUAACUGGACUACAAAUAUUGGAAGUGCAGAUUCAAAGUUUUCCAGAUUUAAUAUAGAGAAUACGAGACUAAUGUUGUCUCUAAGCGAACUCAGGUGGGCGUUAUGAUUGACAAGUUUAUUUUAUACUCUAUUUAUUAUUUGAUAGAACUUUGCAGUAUUAUUAUUUAAUAGUACAUUGUUAAUGGUGAAAAUGUUAUUUUUACAAUGAUUGAUACACCUCAUGUUCACAAAUCUUUUGGAAAAUUUAUUCCAUUUGUAUUUCUAUGUACAGUCUACCUCUUACAAUUGAUAGACAUGAUAGAAUGAAUUUGUUUAUAACAGUUGGAUAUGUUAUCAUAAAAUUAAUAUUUCUAUCAAUAAACAAAUUUUUCCUUUUGAUUGAUGAAUAUAUCUGGAAAUUUGUGUAUUCAUAUUAUUAAUGGUCUUGUGUAUAUGUAUGUGUUACAUAUAAAUGGGGAGAUAUUUGAUCAUCUGAAUGAAGUACAAAUAAACAUUUUAAGAAAGAA